AUGAGCAAUCCCUUUGAAGAACCAGCGUCAAACCAGAAUCCAUGGUCCAGCCCCAGCACCAACAAUGGGCCCAUCUAUGGUAAUGCCUAUGAAUCCACCAACAUCAGCAGUGCUUCGCCGGCACUACCUCCCAGAAAGCCUGCCAACAACACCGCCAACUCACCUUACGGCACUCAGAGAAUGCCCUCUCCCUCAGAUUAUGCUAAUAAUACACCCGUGGUAAAUGCUUGGCAAGAAUCCAACAAAACAUUGGACGAGCAAGAAUUUGGCAGAAACUCGCCUCAGCAACCCGUCAACGCAUAUCAAUAUACUGGCACUGCUUAUGGCAACACAUCCACACCAGCCACUGCCUAUUCACCUCAAUCUGUCCAUACAAAUGCUGCUAAUAAUGCCACUACAACAACUAAAAUCGAGACUCCAAUGACAGUGACCGACUCGCCUACUACUGUGAAUCGUGGCGAUUUGCCUUCUAAAAUCAGGCUGCUUUUGCGUGUUAUUUUGUUUAUCUCGGCAGUGGGUCAUCUUGGUUUUGCAGCUGGCGCCUCUCCAUUUUCUGGCGAGGGCGUCCCCUUUGAUUCAAGCGCCUGUUUCUAUUUCCUUUUUGCCGUGGCCAUCAUGUCUAUUAUCUACUCUGGCUAUCAUAUCAUUUUUUACUUUUUCAGACGAUUUGGCAAUGCAGACAAAAUGAAGCGAGUGGUGAUGAUCAUGUGUGAUUUGCUCAUGGCUCUGUUGUGGGGCAUUGGCAUUAUUGUGGAGAUUGCAAAGUACACUUGUCCACCAGGACAGCACAGUGGCUGGUGUAAUUUCUAUAAUACGUCUAUUUUCUUUGGGUUUAUUUCGUUUGUCAUUUACAUUGUCCUACUUGGUUGGGAUGCAUUUGGCGGUCUCUGUGGAGGAAAGCGAGACUAA